AUGGAUGUGGCUAUGGGAUGGAGUUUGGUGCCACAGAUUAGUUCGAUGGCAGAGGAGGAGUCAGUAGCAGAUGUAGCCUUUAUGCCUGUAGGAGUUACCCAAGAACGCUUCUCUGCAAUGGACUUUACGUCAGUUUUUGCUUUUUAUCCUACAGUUUUUCUUAUUAAAGCUCCGGAUAAGGUUAUUGAUUGGAAUUCUGUUACGAAGCCUUUUACCUUAAAUGUUUGGAUCGCUAUUUUUUCUAUUGUUUUGAUAUUUGGACUAACGCUAUAUAAAGUGCUAGAGAAGGACUUUGUCGCUGCUAAAACAGGAAAACGAUGGACUCUACGUACAGUUUUUUGGAAUUUAGUUUGUACAUUACUGGGUGAAGGAUUGAAUCUAAGCAAAGUGAAAAGAUUUGCGUCCAGAUUCGUGUUAGGAAUUUGGUUAUUGUCAAUUCUUGUUUUGCUAUCCGGUUACAGCGGAGCGUUAAUGUCUUUUAUGACAUGUCCUUUAACUGAGUCUUAUCCAAGAGAUAUUCAGGAACUUGCUGAUUUUGUCCGCAACGGUGAGUACUCAUGCGGAACAUAUAAGGAAUUUCUUCUGUGGAAAGAGAUGAUGGCACAGAAUGAACGAUUUGCAUACAUAAUGACUAAACGUACCUUAAAUCGGUACAUCAGUAAAAUAGAAAAGCAUAAAUAUGUAAUGUCCAAAGAUUCUUUUCGUACAUAUAUCAUGGCUUAUCCAAUCAGAAAGAAUUUUCCAUUUAAGAAGGAUUUAACUAACACGGUAACUCGCAUGUUUGAAGCUGGAAUUUUUGAGAAAUUGUAUUUUCAAGAAGUUGAAGAAUUCCAAGAUGAAUCAGAAUUUCAACCGUUGUCAAUUGAAGAUAUUAAAAGUCCUUUGUUACUUAUGGGCGUUGGAUAUGUAGUGUCUUUAAUCUUCUUAAUCAUUGAAAUAAUAUUAACUAAAGUAAUUAAAAUUGUUACAUGUAAUCCACUUUACUAA